UCUGAAAUUCCAGGAAUUUACUGUCACAUUAGACUGGGUUGGAAACGAUUGCGACCACAAAACCACGGCUAUGACUAAUCAACCUACUAUAAAUCCAAAGUAUAAAAUUAUGGGUAUAAAAGAAAGUUGGAAA